CGUUGCCAUUUAUCUCGGGCAGUUUAGGUUGAAUCUCUCGGUCGUCCGGUUCUCGGUCCGUGUCUCGUGUCCCGACCGAACCGUGGGGAGCAACAUUACAAAACGGGAUUGCCCUUGUGCAAGAUGACACAUUGCUGGUUGCGCCUGGUGACAGCAAGUGGAUGCUGUGCGGAUCUUCGUCGAAUCUGAGGAAAAGCCAAACAUUUACUACCGUUUUUUUUUGUUGAGAGGAAGGCAAGAAUGAUUUACGAGCGGGCAAGGUGACUAGAACGACAAAAUAAGAAGGCCCCGAAGAAGAGUUAGUGGUCGAUUUGCGAAAAGAAAAUCUCCGUGCGAGAAGGCGCUACCGUGGAAAGUGGAGUUGACUUUGAAGCUAAAGGGAAGAUCAACAUUAGUGAAUUUGCUGGAGACUUAUUCAAAGUAGAAUUAAGAAUUAUUGAGUGACAACUUAUUGAAAGAACGGUGUUUAAACAACUGACAUUGUUGGUCGUCGAUAUCAGAUUCAGUUAAUUUGGAGCAUGCUCUCAUCCAUCAAAUGUAAUAUUGGAACAGUUGUUUCAGACAUGAAAUCUACGUAAGGAUCGGUCAGUUCCACCAGUGAAGACCUAAUUUCACUACAAGACAGUCACCACCUAAAGGACAGCAAUCAGUGUUCCCCCAGCCGAGGAGUGGUUCAGGAGAGUAACCAGCGGCAGGGUGCCACGCUAUGUACGGGCUGCUGCUGGAAAAUCUGUCCGAGUAUAUCAAAAGCGUGUACGGGGAGGAAAAGUGGGAUGACAUCCGCCGCCAGACCGGAAUCUCGUCGCCGUCGUUCGGCGUCCACGAUGACUACGACGAGAAUCUGCUCAACACACUGGCCGGGAAGGCGCAGGAGAUUCUCGGCGUGUCGGAGCGCGAAUUCAUGGACCAGAUGGGCGUGUACUUUGUGGCCUUCGUCAGCCAGUACGGGUACGACCGGGUGCUGUCGGUGCUGGGCCGUCACAUGCGUGACUUCUUGAAUGGGCUCGAUAAUUUGCACGAGUACCUCAAGUUCUCGUACCCGCUGAUGCGUGCCCCGAGCUUCAUCUGUGAGAACGAGACGCGGCACGGCCUGACGCUGCACUACCGCACGAAACGCAAGGGCUUCGUCUACUACACAAUGGGACAAAUCAGAGAGGUGGCUCGUCACUUUUACCACAAAGACAUGCAAAUUGCCCUGGUCAAGUCGGACCUGCUGGGCGAGACCAACCACUACACGUUCCAGCUGACGUUCGACAACCGAGCCUUCUCGCUGGCAACACUGGCGAUGACCCGGGAGGAGAAGCACUUGCCCAUCAGCGCCUCGGUGCUGUUUGAGAUUUUCCCGUUCUGCAUCGUCUUUGGCGCCGACAUGGUCGUCCGCAGCAUAGGCAACUCGUUGAUGGUCAUCGUUCCGGACCUGCUGUCGAACAAGAUCACCGACUGGUUCGAGCUGCGACGGCCGCUGAUUUCGUUCAAAUUUCAAACGAUUCUCAACCGCACAAACAACAUCUUCGAGCUAGUCACGGUCGAGGCAGUCAAGAAGCGGCAGGACGUUCAACGAAAGACUGAAAUCUACCUCAGUGAGCAGGAGCACGAGGAAGAGGUAGAGAAGCACUUGCGGCUCAAAGGUCAAAUGAUCUACAUGGAAAAGUGGCGAAUGAUUAUGUUCCUCGGAACACCGGUCAUGCCGAAGCUGUCCUCGUUGAUCAACACCGGCCUGUACAUAAACGAUCUGUCGAUGCACGACUUCAGCAGAGAUCUCAUGCUGGCGGGUACGCAGCAGUCGGUCGAGCUGAAGCUGGCGCUGGACCAGGAGCAGCAAAAGUCCAAAAAGCUGGAGGAAUCGAUGCGCAAGCUGGACGAGGAGAUGCGCCGCACGGACGAGCUGCUGUACCAGAUGAUACCGAAGCAGGUGGCGGACCGGUUGCGGCGCGGCGAGAACCCCAUCGAUACGUGCGAGAUGUUCAACAGCGUUUCGAUUCUGUUCUCGGACGUGGUCACGUUCACCGAGAUCUGCAGCCGCAUUACGCCGAUGGAGGUCGUCUCGAUGUUGAAUGCUAUGUAUUCGAUUUUCGAUACGCUCACGGAGCGAAACAAUGUAUAUAAGGUUGAAACGAUAGGUGAUGCGUACAUGGUGGUAUCGGGUGCUCCUGAAAAGGAACAAAACCACGCUGAGAAAGUUUGUGAUAUGGCCUUGGAUAUGAUAGAGGCAAUUACGGAUCUUAAGGACCCUUCGACUGGAUCGCAUCUGCGGAUACGAGUCGGUGUUCACUCUGGUGCUGUGGUGGCGGGCAUCGUCGGGCUGAAGAUGCCCCGCUACUGCCUGUUUGGUGACUCAGUCAAUACGGCCUCCCGGAUGGAGUCCACCAGUCAGGCGAUGAAAAUUCACAUAUCACAGUCAACGCGAAAUGCCUUGCCCUCGAACUACCACGUGUCCGAGCGUGGCGAGAUCGACGUCAAGGGCAAGGGUACGAUGAAGACGUACUGGCUGGACUGCAAGGAAGAUCGACCGCCGCUGCAGCUGCUGGCCGAGGAGGUGCGAAAGCCGUCGAUCGAGUACAUCGAAACGAGCAAGGACCGACGAAUGAGCCUGUCGACGUACAGCAUCCAGCUCAAGCAGUCCAGCGGUGGGCUCAGCUCGGCGGGAACCGAGGACCGGCGGGUGUACUCACCGGUGACGUUCGAGGAUGUGGCCCGACGGAGUACGGCCAACUCGCCGGUCAAGCUGCACAGUUUCGGGCCUCGUGGCCGCGAGAGCCGUUCCAACUCCACCGGACAUGCCUUCAUGCACAAUGUUUCCGAUGUGUUUGGCUCGUUGGUCAGCGAUACGGAAGAGUUUCUCGAGGAUCUGCACCAUCGGAACUCGAUCACCACUACGCACUACACGCCGUCGACUCCGUCCUCGUGUGCAUUCAGUCCCCCGCCAGCAUUCCGGCGGAAGUCGAAAUCGUAUGUUCCUGGUCAGUUCAGCGAAGAGGAGCUGGAUCUUCUCUCGAACCAGACCACGUCGCCAUCGGCACAAAGUUCGAUCGAACAGCCAGAACAAACCAAGAAGUCGAUUUUGAUCGGCAAAUCCCAAACCUACGAGCAGCAGAAGGCCAAAAGCAGGAAGGCGAAGCUGGAAAGCGCUCAACAGAAGCAGAACGAAGCCCUGCAGAAGCUCGACAAGAUGGUCCAGGAUAUCUACGAAACCGAACUGCCGGGGAUGUGCUUCAUGAAUCCACCCGCCUCCCGGUCGGAUGGUAACAUUUGCAAGUCCAACUGUAGUAGGUCUGUAGCGCCCAAGUGUCCCAACAACAGCAUCAACUCCCUCAACAACAACAACAAUAUCAACAAUUACAACAACAACAACAUUCCCUCCGAUCCCUGUUACGCCAUGUAUAGCUUAAACGUUUACUUUCCCAUUACAUGCUCGUCUCCUGCGGGGUACCCUCCCACUUCUACCCCUUCUUCUUCUGCUAAUGCUUGCUGCAACACCACAAACCAUGAUAUGACCAACAACAACAACAACACCGGCACCGCUUGUAGAUCCUCCCAGGCACCACUCAAGGUCACCCCAGCGGCGGCGGCAGCGGCAGCUUCUGCCCAGCAGCAGUCGAGCUGUGAGCACGCUGCGGCAGCUGCCCGGACCUGCCACAGCUGUGGAGGUGCUGCUGCUGCUGCUCCCGGAGCGGCGGCCCUCGUCGGAGGCACCGGCAAGGUUCCGCAGAGCAUUAGCUUUAGCCACGCCAAGGAGCACAAGUGCUGCCCGGGGUAUGCGGCCGCCGCGGCCAUGGCCCACCAUCACCACCACCAGAACGGGCGCCACCACAAAGUGCACUCGAACGCUUGUCAGAUUCUCUAGUUUGGGAGGGGGGUUUACGCUUAGUUUAGCUUUAGUUUUGGGUGCUGUAGAGCGUGUGAGAGUGAGCAAGUCCUGCGGAAGGCUGUUCCUUGAUAGCUUUGGGUAGUUAUUCUUGGUUCGAAGCACCCAAAUCGACAGUCGCGAAUGAAACUUCGUUUACUGAUUACGAGUGUCGAGUUGGGUGUAUAUUUGUUCCGAGCUAGAAUCGUGUGUGAUUGGUUCAUAGCGUGCGGUAGACCGUCCUCUGCCAGUCGCUUUUUCAGGUAGGAGUAUCACGUGUGAUGUAUCGGCUGGAUCCUAGAACGUCACCUUUUGUAGUUUGGAGUAGAUUUUGCACCAUUUAACUAAUUACCGCUGGACACAAUUUUCUACCAUAAGAUUCUGGUCAUCUGGGUAAAUGGAAGCUUAUCUCAAAGUAUAAAAGCUAUUUGUCCUUUAUUCACCUGCGUACAUCCGAGUGUAACAAAAAUUACUAUUUUGCGGGCACUCUAUGGUUCAUUCUGUUGGGCUUACUUAGUCCAAAUUCCAAAUAUGUAUGAGGUUGAUUGGAUGUAACAGAACUUGGCCCAUCGCUCUCGAAUCAUAGUUAAACGGGAUUCAACUAAAGGCAACAUUUACAAGCUAGUAGAAAGUCUUAGUAACAACGCCAUUAUACCUACCAAUGGUCGCUUUCUCGAUUGAAUGAAACACUACAGCGCAUGAUCGCUUCGAAGCUUGGACCAUUUCACAAAUAAUUCCACGAAUUUUACCACCAUCUAGGGCCUCCAGGAGUCGGCUCAAACGAUCCGCGCGGCUUCCGCUGCGACAAACCGUUCACAGACAAACGCGCAUCGACCUCUCGCCGAUCGUUUCACCCGAGAUGGACACAUUUUAGUCAUGCACAAGAGGUGGCAGAGGACGAGUCAAGCCGUGCGGCGUUUUAGAUUAUGUUUAUUUAUUUGAGUUUAUGGUUCGUGUACCAUUUCGAGUGUUCUAGUUAGUUGAAAUUUUUGGGCGGAUUGCACUUCACGAGAAAAUUGCUUUGUUCUAGGCGGGUGAAAUCUAGGGAGAUGUUGGGAGACAGUGAAGUGGUCACCCCUGAAAGUGUGUUUAAAAUUGUAAGACUUUUAGAAUGUAAGCUGUGCGUGUAUGUUUGUAAAUGUUGUUGGUGUAUAAUCCAAGUUAUUUAAGCGUUACGUGAAAUUUGACCAAAGAGAAACGUUUGAGGUGAUUUCGAGUAGAGUAACGGAGGACACAAAGUUCUCUUAAAUGUGGCUUUAAAAAGUAACCGUUGGCAAAGAUUGAACAAAGUAUUAACGAAGAAAGCAAAUCUCACAGAAACCAAACAAUCUCAAUAUCACAAAGACUCCGUGUUGAAACCAAAUCCUGUAAACCCAUUCGAUAGCAGCUUGUACUGAGAGUGACACUGUUUUCUGUAGAUUCUAGUCAUGGUUUCUUAUGCAUUCAAUUUUUUUUGAUUUAUCAGUGAAUUUAUCAUCGUUGGAUCUUUGAAGAGUUUACCAUAACAAUAACAGUAUCAAAUAAACCGGCAACCAGGAUUGUUGUAUCUAUACCCAUUACAAACAGAAAUUACGAUCAGGAUUACAAUCGACAAUAAAAGUAGUAACUGAACGCAUUCGGUUCACAUCGAACACAUAACCCAGAGUUUCACUUGGAUUGAACAAGCGUUUCAAUUGUUGUACAUAAUUGGACAAUAAUAAAAAAAAAUCAUUAUCGCAACAACUCGGUCAGCGAAACCAAAAAAAAUAAAAGAAAAA